AGAGAGAGAGACAGACAGACAGACAGAGAAAAGUGCACACCAUGCAAAAUAGUUCUUCAACUUCAUCUCUGGGUCCAGCAGGCUUGGAUCUAAGCCAAGCGUUCUUCAAGCCCAUUUGCAACACAGAGCCACCAUCACCCACAAAACGCCACACUAAGAUCUCCAUCAUCGGAACCGGAAACGUCGGCAUGGCCAUUACCCAAACUAUCCUAACCCAAGACCUCUGCGACGAAAUCGCCCUCGUCGACGCCAAGCCCGAUAAACUUCGCGGUGAAAUGCUCGACCUCCAACACGGCGCCGCCUUCCUCCCCCGCACCAAAAUCAAGGCCUCCGUCGACUACGACGUCACCGUCGGGUCGGAUCUCUGCAUUGUCACGGCGGGUGCCCGACAAAUCCCCGGUGAGUCGAGAUUGAAUUUGAUGCAGAGGAACUUGUCUCUGUUUAAGUGUAUAAUACCGCCGUUGGCUAAGUACUCGCCGGACUCUGUGCUGUUGAUUGUUUCGAAUCCGGUGGAUGUCUUGACUUAUGUGGCGUGGAAGCUUUCUGGGUUUCCGUCGAACCGGGUUAUCGGUUCGGGUACGAAUCUGGAUUCUUCCAGGUUUAGGUUUCUCAUUGCGGAUCAUCUUGAUGUCAAUGCUCAGGAUGUGCAGGCAUACAUUGUUGGGGAGCAUGGUGACAGUUCUGUGGCGCUGUGGUCAAGCAUAAGUGUUGGAGGAGUACCACUACUUAGCCUUUUGGAAAGGCAGCAAAUCGCCUAUGAGAAGGCCACUCUGGAGAAAAUUCACAAAGAAGUUGUGGAGAGUGCAUAUGAAGUGAUAAGCCUCAAAGGUUACACAUCAUGGGCAAUAGGGUACUCGGCGGCUAGCCUGGCUCGAACAAUACUUAGGGACCAGAGGCGAAUCCACCCUGUCUCAGUCCUUGCCAAGGGUUUCCAUGGCAUCCAGGACGGGGAUGUAUUCCUGAGCUUGCCAGCACAGCUUGGUAGGAGCGGAGUCUUAGGUGUGACGAAUGUGCAUCUUACAGAAGAGGAGGUGGAACAACUUAGGAGCUCAGCUAAGACCAUCCUGGAGGUCCAAAACCAGCUGGGUAUUUGAGGGACUGUGGACAUACUUUUAGUCUAAAGUAUCUGCAUAUGAGAGUAUAGGCUGGAUUUGUCAUAGUCCUUGUUUUCUGUUUAACUUUUUCCGCAUUGUCGGUACUUACGGAAGUCUCGUGGAUUGGUCUAUCUUUAUAUGUUGUAUUCAGUCUAUUGAAUUGUGCUUUUGCCAUGGAUACAGUUGAAAGUUGAUUCUCUAUUAUCAGCUGCGAACUUUGUCAUUGAUGCAUUCACCGAAUAUGUUAUCCAAAUAGUUGUGGUAAUGGUUCAAUGCAUGUUAGAGGAUUGCUAUCACCUCAUCUACACUUACAAGAGUAGUUGUAUAGAUCACAG